AUGAAAUAUUUGCAAUUCAUAUUAAUAUUAGGUCUAACUCUUGCAUUAACAACAACAGAAUAGUCAGUUAUACUGGAUCCUAAUGAUUUGAUUUUUUAAUAAGAAAAUUAUUCAUCAUCUAUCAAUGUUAAUGAAUAAUAAUAAAUGGAAUCAAAAGAUCAAUAAUUGAUAGUAUAAGAAUUUAUUUAAGAUAGUGUAAGUUUUUUUCUAAAAUUAGAUUUCUAAUGAAGUCAUGACAGAAGCUGAAUUAGAGCAUGCAUUAAUAACAAAAGAUGAUUUAAAUGAUAUUCCCAAUAUUUAGAUGGAAACAUAAAACGCACUAUUUUUACAAAGAAGUAAAAAUUGA